CAGUAGUGAGUCGUAAACCUUCCACCUCCUCCUCCACCUCCUCCUCCUCCUAGCAUAUACUAACAAACCUCAAACCAAAAUACACUUAUUAAAGUUCCCAAAUUCAGUUGAAUUCAAUCACAUCUUCACAUCUUCAACCUUUCCAUCGCAAUUCCUCUCAAGUCAAAACGCUUUCUCCAACAAAUUCACGUAUAAAUAACUAGGCGCGCACACAUAAUUUUCAAUUUUUUUUUGUGCCUCAAAUUGAAGAGUGAUGCCUGGUAUGGGAGGUCACGGGGGGGCGCCGCGGCAUCGGAAUGGCGGAGACAGGGCUUGCAGAGAGAGAUUUGCUCAGCAGCAGCAGCAGCAGCAGCAGCUAGUGGUUCGACAGCAGCAGCAGCAGAAGCGGCAAAUGCAGCAGAGUGGGGGAGCGAAGGUGGAGGCGGAGGAGAAGCCGCGCGAUGGAGAUGAUUCGUUGCUGUUUCCUGCAUUGUUCGUGCCGCGCUCUGUUACCAACUUAGAUCGUUUGAUGGAAUCGGUUGCUCCGUUCAUCGAGGCGCGUUAUUCGCCGGAGGUGUAUGCAAGGGGAUUCGAGACGAAAAAGGUGGAUUCACGUGCCUUUUUUUACUUGGAGGAUGUAUGGGAAUCUUUUAGCGAAUGGAGUGUGUAUGGAAGAGGAGUACCUCUUCUCUUACAAGGAGAACCUAUCCAACAAUACUAUGUUCCGUCUCUCUCUGGCAUACAGUUGCACAUUCAUCCGUCAAAGGCUUCUUCUAUUUUGACUGCGUUGAUGAGUACUGCUGGCUGCGGCAACUGGGAAGUAGAUAAAGGUGAUGAAUAUGUUUUUGAUCUCCACACAAAACAACUAAGUAGAGUUGAUAACGCUGAUUCACCUGGCCAGCUAUCGAUUCAGUUUUUCGAAAGGGAUUUACCACACGACCGUAGACCCUUAUCUAAUAAGAUGUCGUUACUUGCUUCCCCUUUUCCCGUGCUUAGUAAAAUCAAGAGCUGUGAUCUGCUCCCUACAAGUUGGAUUUGUGUUGCUUGGUAUCCCAUCUAUAGAAUUCCAGUUGGCUCAACGAUGCAAGAGUCACAGGCAGCCUCUUUGACAUUCCAUUCCUUAUCGACACAGUCUAUAAGUAGCCCCGCAUCACCUAAGUUCCAUCAAGCGAAUACCAGAACUGUUCGUGGCUUGGUUGAUCCAACUGCAAGAAUCUCCUUACCAGUCUUUGCCCUCGCUUCAUACAAACUCAAGGGGUCGAUUUUCGGUCCACGUGGGACUGAAGAAUGGGAACAAGAGAAAAGUCUUUCGCAAGCUGCGGAGAAUUGGCUUAAAUGUGUGCAGGUUGAGCUACCUGACUACAUGUACUUCCGUAGAAGAAAUGGUGGAGUGUUUUUCUAGCUGUUUGGAAUGUUAUAGUUUUAUAUAAUUACUUGAAAAACGAAAGAAUAAUGAAAUCUAAAAGAACAAAAAAAUUGUUCUUUUAUAGAAUAGUAGUAUAAUGAUUUGGCAUUUUGGCUAGA